GAUUACAGAACAGGCAUGCAUGCUGAUGAGGGAAAUAUAAUCUUUGGUGAUUACGAGGAAGAUGAGGUUAUGGAGGACUAUCAUCAAACAGAUUUUGAGCAAGCUGAACAUUUGCCCCAUUAUGGUCAGCACCCCAAUCCAGAUCGACCACGCCGAAAUCAGUUUUGCAGACGUACCGAUGUUUACUCGAAUCCAAGAGAAGGACCGUUUACUUCUAUGGCGGAUGCACCGCAGUGGAGGUGGUACUGGCAGGACAGUGAUAACAAAUGGAAGCCUUUCGAACCGGACUCUCUUCAGCAAACCCUCGAGACAAAGUUCCUUGCAAACCAAGUAAUCUAUCUGUAUUCACGAGAGAACUACAAGUGGAACUAUGCAAUUGAUUUUCGACGCAUGACACAGAAAAAUGUGGAUACUGGAGCCAUCAGAAAACUAAAUCGUCGCAAUAUAUCAACAUGUGUACCGUACCGUGAUCGACUAGCCGGUCGAGCAAACCUGUGUCUAGAUUCUCCACAUGUAAUUGAUGUCGAGAGUCCACCGUCUUGGGUGCCCUGGGAUGUAGCUCACCCGUUUGAACUUGUACUGUUACAAGCCACAGAUCAAGAUUGCAUGCCAGUAUUAAACAACUUCUACCAAACUAUGAUUCCUGGUCAGCAUGUAGUGAAAGCCGUGUUCCGAGUUCAGAAUCACACGUUAUGGUCUGCAUUCUGCAACCAGGAAAAAAGUAUGCUUAAUAACCAGAAGAGGCUUGGGGAUUCAAAGCCAGUGGAUAAGCGGUACCUUUUCCACGGAACUGACGGUCUAGAUAAUGCGCGGGGAAUCUGCAUUAACAACUUUGACUUCCGUUUAUGCGGAAAGAAUGCAACAGUGUAUGGUCAUGAGCGUACUUUGCUAGAGAUGCCAAAUACAGUCACGAUUACGCAAAGCCGUCAGCACAGCAGGAAAGAUACAUGUUCCAGGCUACGGUGCUUGUUGGAUACUUCGCCGGUAUAUAUAUCUACAUUCGAAACCGCAAGAGCUUGA